AUGAAGGCGCUCUAUGGUUGGCUUUCAAUAUUCUGGCACACCUGCAUCCUUGCUGCUAUUUCUGCCAAAACUGUGAAACUUGGUCCACCCAUUGACCCAGAAAUAUUUACAUCCACAACAACAACGACAUUAGCACCAACUGUUGCCUCAACAACAAAUUUAAUUGCAGCGAACAACAACACAACGAGUGACGGCGAUUCCUCUGCAAUUAAUAGUACCAAUGUUUAUGACCACAAUCACAAGAUUUUGCUGUUGAUACUGUCGGAUCUGAACGUACGCAAAGUUGGGGAUCCUCAGCAGCAAGGCAAAAUGCUAAACGAUUCAAAUAAUGGCGCAAAUAAAAUCUCGAAUGAAACAUUAAUACUCGAUGAACAACGUUUUAAGGAAUUGCUCACAAAAUUCCAACCUACGACGAGGAAAGAUGGCACCACAAAAUGCCCGGAAACCAGCAAAUGUGUGAACAUUGUGCCUAAUUUUGUGCCUCCAACUUUCCCUUGGAUCAUACGAAAGGAACCACGUAAGCCGAUUGUUUAUAUAGAACCGUUGGUGUGCGAGGAUACCGGAAAAGAUGCUCAACCUAUGAUGGUAGCAUCUGCUUCGGGUGUUAGCCAAACUAGGAGAAGAAAACCUAUAGAUCCGUCGCGAACGAGCAUUGGUCACGCACGCGCGAGAGUUUUGAAUAAUGCACGAAAACAUCAAAGAUCUGGAACGGCCGCCAAUUACGUCUUAAAGUCAAAGUUUGGUGCCCGUCGUAAUACACCACAUUCCAUGUAUCCACCAAACUAUUUUAAGAAUAUGAACUAUGCGCAUUCCGCAUAUGAAUCGGAUCCGUGGGCUGAUUAUAGCUUCGAAGAUAAUGAGUAG